UUUCUACUGUCAAAUUUCAACCUGUCAGAAAUGAUUAAAAAUUUUCGUGAGAAUGUCUCUAGUUUCAAAUAUCAGACCCACAUCGCGAAUACCCUUGAAGUAUGUGGGUCGCCACUCUCCCCGAGUGAAUACCAUCAACCAUAACACCAAACACCAUCCAGCUCUGUUUUCGAAAACCCCCUAUUCCAAAAAGUCCGUCGUUUGUAAAGUAGCACUCAUCACUGGUGGAGUACGAGGAAUAGGAUAUAACAUUGCCGAAGGACUAUUGGAUGUUGGCACCAAAGCAGUUAUUUUUGGAGAUGCUAAAACUGAAGAUUGCAAAGAAGCCGUGUGUAAACUCAACGAAAAAUACGGAGAACCACGAGCGUUCUUCCAAACAUGCGACAUCAGUAAGAAGUCAGAUCUGGAAAAACUAUUCAAGACCGUUAAAGAAAAAUUCAACAAAAUUGACUUCGUCGUCAACAAUGCUGAUAUAGACGAAGAAUGGGAUAAGACUAUGUAUGUCAACCUCAAUGGUUUAGUAAGAGGUACAUUGUUAGGAUUUAAAUACAUGGGUGCCCAAAGUGGAGGAAAGGGAGGUUACAUCAUCAAUGUUUCUUCCAUAUUGGGUCUGCAGCCUUUCUUUGCCUCUCCUAUUUACUCUGGCACCAAGCAUUUCGGUAUAGGUUUCUCCAGAUCGAUGGGAGAUAAGUAUUUUUACGACAGAUCCAAGGUGAAAGUUAUGACCUUGUGUCCCAGCAUUACAAAUACAACCAAAAAUAGAAAAGAUGGUCUACCAGAAUUUAAAGAUCUCGCUUCAGAUGGAGCUCGUAGUAUUCGCAGAUUAACGUCACAAGACCCUUCGGAGAUCGGCAAAGGAUUACUCACUAUGCUAGAAGAUGCCGAAAAUGGCAGCGUAUGGGUUUCAGAAGGAAAAGAUUUUUAUAAAGCACGGAUUCCAGAUAGAAGAACUUUAAGACUCAGCACCAGACCUGGAGGAACAGCUGGUGACUGUGGCAAAGAGAACCCCUGCAAAGUGAAAGUGCCCAAGAAGAAGAAGGAUAAAUGUGAAAAAGAAGUGAAGAAAGCUCCUUGCGAUAGAGAUAAUCCUUGUAGGAGACAAAAUAAUACUUGCAAGUGAAUCUGCUCGUCUUGUAUCAUUUUGGUAUGAAAUUGUGGUGUGAUUUCUAUUCUGUUAUCAAUAAAUUAUAUUUCCAAUUUGA